AUGGAUUCGUUAGAGGAGGAGAUAAAUUUGAGAUGGAUUCAUCAAGUUAUCAAUUGCAGCUUCACAUGGAGUGAUGAUUAUCGGCUCUUGGUCAAAAGAAUUUGGUGUUGCGAUGAGUGGGAUUCCGGCCAAUUAUCAGCCGGAGCAACAGCUUCUAUCUCCAUCAUGCUCCAAACUUGGCAGCCUCGACGACCUCUUCUCCGGUCACUCCAUGGAAGAAGGGGAUAUCAACACGGAGUGGCUGUCAAUUUUUGUGGAGGAAUGUUUGUCAAGCAGUGGAAGCUGUAUGCCAAUAAACCCACAAAGUACAACUUCCAAUGCACAAGUUACAAACACAACAACAGCAGAAACCGAGAUCCUCCUUUGCUCCAUCAAGCUUAUUGGUUAGCAGACAGCGAGCUGAUUUUACCCAACAAAGGUACAAGUGAUAACAGCACAAGAAGUGAAGAUUACGGGCAGGGAAGGUACAAGGAGACGAAGCAUGAGGAGGAAGAGGGCAGCAGUGGCGGGCAGGGGAGGAGAUGUAGGCAUUGUCUUUCGCAAAGAACCCCACAGUGGCGGGCAGGACCAGAAGGGCCAAAGACACUGUGUAAUGCAUGUGGGGUAAGGUACAAGUCGGGCAGGCUGCUGCCCGAAUAUAGACCAGCAAAGAGUCCGAGUUUUGUGAGUUAUAAACACUCGAAUUCUCACAAGAAAGUGUUGGAGAUGAGAAUGUGUUCUUGA